CGAAGUUCGUGCCGACCUCGACGAUUGAAUCCCGGGCGUCAGACUGUUUGGCCGGUGCACCCUGUGUUCCGUGUGUGAGGACUAUGCGCUGCCCAGGUGGCGCUGCGGAAACUCCGGUCAACAGCGCCUUCCGUGCCGCACUUACCCGUUUCAGAUACAUUCUUAAUGGCGCUGGCUCCAAGGAAAAGCACAACGCCGUGGUCAUGGGACAUGUUGUCGACGCCUUAUUACUCGCCCUGUUCCUGUUUGCUGCUGCGGUGCCUGGCGAUGCCCUCCCCUCUACCUGCCGUUCCGAGUACCAGAACCUACCGGGUGGUCUGGUGCACACGGCCUGCAAGCCUCCCAACCCAAACUGCGCCUUCAUCUCGACGGGGCUCAGCGCGGCUGAGAAGGCCGAAGUGCUCAAGGCCCACAACGACUACCGUUCCCAGGUUGCCCAAGGACGACUGCCCGGGUUUCCAGCGGCUAUCGACAUGUACCGCUUGAAAUGGGACAACGAGCUAGCUGAUGUGGCCCAGGCGUUCACGAACCAGUGCGGCAACGAUCACGAUAAAGAAGAGGAGCGAAUGACAGCAAACUUUCCCAAAGUGGGUCAGAACAUCGCCUGGAAUUACGAGUCGACGGACACUCCAGUUGUGGACAGCGCCGGUCGUGUGAAGGAUUGGUUCGACGAAUACAAGGACUUCACUCCGAGCAACGCUGAUCCCUUCCGCCUCGGCUUUGGGCGUGUGGUUACUCAUUUUACGCAGGUCACAUGGGCAGAAACACGGUACCUAGGCUGUGGUUACACGCACUACAAGCUUCACCAGGACCCCGAACCGAGCGUGCCGUUUAAAAAGCUCUUUGCCUGCAACUAUGCACCAGGUGGAAACAUUAUUGGUACAUCCAUGUACAAGAAAGGGCCAGUUUGCAGCGCAUGCCCAGAUGGAACAACCUGUGAUACUGCCAAUGGCCUGUGCCACAUACCUGGAGAUUCGGACGGCCUUGGCGAAUCGGGCAGCAGUACCGGCGCCGCUACAUCGUGGGCGAUACUGCCGUUCGUCAUCCUGGGCCUCAUUGCUGCCGCAGUUGUUGGCACUGGAUUUCUUUACUUGCGGUCGACCACUGCCGCUUCAGCUGUCUCUAGCUGAGAGCCGUGCCGAAUGCAGAGUCAUUGGAAGAGGCAAGAACAUAGCGAGCAGCUGAUACAUUUGGAAUUAGGCGGCGUAUGCGGCUUCUGCGAACUUUCUUUCGCGUUCUGCAUUCAAUUUAUUGUAACUAUUCCGCUUCGAAACCAUAGCGCUUGAUUGUCACAUGUCUGCAAAUAAAACAAAUGUGCUACGCUUUGCUU